AUCACAUAUUUGAAAAAGUAAAUCCUGAGAUGGAAAAGCUGGGAUAUGAGUGCAAGUGCCUUGGAGGAGGGAAAAUUGACCAUAAUAGCAAAGACAAGAAAAUCAGGGUAUUUGGGCUCUCUACAGGCUAUGGAAAAGCAGAUCAUUCAGUGACUGUAGAGAUUCUGAAAAAAGUGUAUACAGAUUAUGAAAUUACCUGGUCAGAUGACAAGAAAUAA